AUGCCGAUUAUUGCACAAGAAAUCUAUUUCUGUGGCUUAGAGCAAUGCCGCCAAAAUGUAACGUUACGUCUUGUCUCACACAAUUUGAAUGUUAACCUAAUCAAGAACAGUUUAUUUUUUGCAAAUAGAAGAAUGGAGGCGACUAAAAUUUUUACCAAGAUAAAAGAGUUAGGUCAUAAUAUUAGUGAUCGCGAAGAGUUGCGUAAAUUUUGCAAUUUAAAACUCGGACAGGUUUUGGAGCACUUAUCUCGUAGAAUAUUAAACAACGAUGGUGCCAUUUUAUUGGACUGUAUUUUUAAUGGUUUACCAGAAAGUAAUUGCAAGAUUAAAGUUAAGGUAAUUGAUGUAGUUCUCGAAACAAUGAGGAAAGAAUCUACGUCUCUUACUCACUGUGGCGAUAUAGUAAGCAGAUUGUGCUUAGAAUUGCCAAGAUUGCCGGCCGAACACCUGGUAAGAUGGAGCAGUGAUAGUGUACAGUCCAUUGUGGAAGACAAAGACGUAAAUAUGAUCUGGAGAGAUAUACUUCCAGAGUGCUUAAAUGCUAUAUCUUUGCAAGACAAUGUUAAACAUUGUGGCUCGGAAAUGUCUGGAGUGGAAUAUAAAGUGCAGUGCGUACACACAUUGUGUCAAUGUCGCUGGACAGAGAAGCAGUUAGUACAACUAACUGCUAUGUUUAAGGAUAUGCAACUAGCACGCACCGAUCACAGACAAGUUGUAAAUAAAAUUUGCUCAUACAUAAUUGAUAUAUCGCCAGAGGCCUUGCCUCCACUUGUUCAUCAACUGCUAAAAUUAUGCAAGUUAUAUAAUGUAGAAGUAGUUCUUUCGCACUUGAGUCAUUACUUCAACUUGAGACUCUACAGUAAGUUGGAGCCUCCACCUCAAGACUCAGAAUCUACGACCAUGGAUGUUGAUGACAUAGUUCAACACAGUCCCGCAGAGUUAAGUAGAUGUCUGUCCACUUGUCUCUAUCACAUAUCGCAGGGAGCGGCCGAACCUGAACUAAUCCGGAAGCACAUUAAACAAUGGCCUAAAACGCAACUACUACGAGCGCCUUUCCUCAUUGAUUUGUCCUUGGCUUUUUCCGACAAAGGAGCUGAUUUUAGAUCGGUUUGCUUAGAUGUAAUAAAGUCAGCAAUAGAGCUUCGAAUAUUGGACGAAAUAAGAAGCAAAGAGUCCGCGUGGGUGCGCUCCGUGUUGCCGCCAGAUGUUGAUAUUGUUAAUGUACUAAAAGUACUUACCACUGAAAGUGCCAAUCAUCGACAAUUGACAGUACUGGGUCUUAUCAACCUAGCAUUCUCACUACUCUCUGUACCCCGCAUCAAGCCUACUGCUACCGCGUGCUGGUCUCACGGCAAGCUUAUACUAGUGCGGCUUUGUAAAGCUCAACCGGAGACUGCUGGUCAUAUAUUGAGUCAACUGUCUGAUAAAAUGUUCGGAGAUUACACACAGCAUCAGUACACUGACUGCCUGUACCUGUUGUGCAAGCUAACGCCCGUGUCGGUGGAGCGCUGCUCGGCGCUGGUGCGCGUGCUGGAGGGCUGCCAGCCGCCGGGCGCGCGCGUGUACGGCGCGGUGCGGCCGCUGCUGCCCUUCAGCACGCGGGUGAGGGACGCGCUCGUCAUGGUCUGCAGGAAGGGGCUGUACUCCAGGGAUUCUGCAUAUCGCUGCUUGGCGUUAUCCGGAUUCUUAACGGUUCUGAGGUAUAUGAAGCUAUCGAGAGAUCUUCAAUCGAGUCAGAAUUCAAUGAGCAUCAGUGAGCAGUACAGCGCCAAUUCUUAUCUCACUCAGCUCACUGUGGACAUGCACGCUACUAGUCAAGGAGUUGCGAUCACGUCCCGCGUUCGCAAUGAGACAAUAUGUUUGGAAGUACUUUCGAUUUUGCGUCGGUGUCUCGUACAAGACGCUGCUGUCAAGCAAUUACUUUACACAGAAAUGUAUGAAUGUACAAAGGACAAGCCGGCUCUCCACGAAACCAUAUUAGAACUAUUCUAUGAACAUUUGAAUAAAUAUCUACCUGAUGAAAAUGAGACUUCUCCGUUAUUGUUAGACAAGUGUGUGCAGUUGUCUAGUAUGAGUGCUACACUUACUGAACCGAUAGGACAGCUACUGUAUGUAAUUGCUCAGUUCUUACAAGUGGAGGAUGAGUCUGAAGACAUCCUUGGCAGUCAGAGUGAGGACGGUGCAGCAUACCUCAGGAAUAAAUUAACUGAUAUCAUGGAGAAAUUAUGCAAGAGUGAUCUUUUGACUGCGACUAAUAUGGAAGAUCUCGCAUUGAAUGAUCUCACGCCAGAGUCGAAAGCAAAAUGUAUUAAAGUUCAACAAAUGUUGCAAUGCUACGAAGCAUUAAUAGGCCAUCGCAUUUUGCAAUGGAAGUCAAAUAACUCCAACGCUAACUCUGUGCAUACAUUGUACAAGGCUUAUAACCAGAUUUUGGAUAAUACUAAGGGAUCACCGAAAGGAGGUAAAAAAAAUAAAACAUUAAACGAAACAAAGGAGACGUUGAAGUCACAAAAAAGUGAAAAAUCACAAAAAUCUCAGAAAGAAAAAGCUAAAGCUCCGGCCAAAAUGAGCAAUAUGGUGAAGGAUAGAGCCGCGCCUUUCAAACCUUUGCCUUGUUUGUGGGAUUUGCGACUGUGUAUACGAGUAUUAGAGCUUUUGUAUAGCGAGAACGUGUCGUGGUCGUCACUGGAGCAGCGCAACCACAUCCGAGUGAGGGCCGACUUCCACCAGUUCGCGCUGCGCUGCGUGCACGGCGCGCUCGGCGCGCAGCUCGACAAGCGCGCCGUGAGCACGCACGUGCUGCGCGUCGCUGCGCUGCUGCACGCGCGCUGCCUCAGCAGGUUUCAAACUAUGUGUGAUUUUGACGACAACACUACACUCGCUUGCCUAGAACUCUUCAAGACUUGUCUCAGUCUUUUGCUGUCACCGACGUAUUCUUUGAAACUAGAUAGCGUCCUAUCUGGAAUAGUUGACGACACUGAUAAAACGGUAGCUUCUUGUUUGGCGGAUAUUUUGGAUAAGAUACAUUCUUCGUUAAUAAUCUUGGAAAGAGAGGCAGCCGAUGAAGACUUGGAUUUAGUGAGAAAAAAAAUUCUUUCGAUGCUCGUACAGAUAUCCACGUUACUUUUAGAAACACCAGUUGUUUCUAACGAAGAACUUAUUAAGGUGACGGUGCAGUUGGAGGAGUGGGUCCGCAGCAGCAAGCAGGCGGAGGCGCUGCCGCUGCUGGCGCCGCUGCUGGCGGCGGCGCGCCGCGGCCAGCGGGAGGCGGCGCUGCUCACGGAGCUGCUGCUCCGGCUGGCGGCCGAGCUGGGCUCCAUCGACGAAGAGGAAAGUACAGUCGAAAAGGAAGUAACGACCUUCCCCACGAUCGAUUCCCGUUCGGGCCACAGUGUGUUAAGUCAGGUGUGUGUCCACCUGGGUAACAGGUUCAAAUCCGCGGAACACCUGCUGAACAGAGCUCGUGACUUGAUAGCAGCGCUGGCCUGUGCCGUGCAGUCACAUCAGAACAGGAUUGAUCGGGAGUUAAAAGAGCUAUACAAGUCUGUCGUAAUACAACUCUGCCAGUUGGCUACGUGGACAUCAGAUGUAGCUAAGUUGAGAUGUUGUAUCGGCGGCGGUAGUGACAAAGUACUGAAUAUUUGUAUGCGGCUCUAUUCUUUACUGGCGAUGUUUAUAAAACAAUUAGACCCGACUAUGGCACAAAUUUUGAGGUUAGAAAGACUGUUAAAAUUCACCGGUAAGAAAUUGUCGAUAGUGAUGGACAAUCUGAUAACAUACUUAGAAUCAUCUCAAGAGCAGAGGAAGGCCAGCAAAGUUUUGAGAGACACUAAGCUUAUACCGAGACUAGUGUUGGAGGCAGAGCAGUUUAGUAAACAUGUGAUAUUGCUCGGGACUAAGGCAAACUUGAACUUUCAACAAUAUUUGUCACUGGGAACGGCGAGAGAUUUUAAAAUAAAAGCGCCACUGUUGCAAGAGGUUCUCAAUAUACAAGAUCAAGAACCAGAACCGGAACCGGAGGAAGGCGAUGACAAUAUCAACGACGCGGCGACAGAGAUCUUAUCACCUGGAGCAAGUGAUGAUGAAAGAAAUGACAGUGAUGAUGAAACCUCUCAAGCGAAACGACGACGAAUUUCGUGAUAUUAUUGAUUUUGUGUUUGUUUAUUGAAAUGUAUUUGUAAACUUAACAUAUUAUAUUUAUAUAACAUGUUUAUUUAACUGGUGUCAUUUUUUUGAGAUACAUACAUGCAUAAAUGAUGAAAAAAAUGCAAAAGUAGGAAAUUCCAGUUCUUUACUAAGUAACUUAUUUAGUCCUCUGCCCAAAGGUUGCCUGGAAGAGAUCGCUGUAUUAGCGAUAAGGCCGCCUGUUGCAGCUGAUGC